GUCCACCAUUGUUGUGUGUGGGCUGUCUACAUCUACAAUACAAUGUGAAUGAAUGGCAAGUGGACUACGUACAUAUGUGUACGAUGUGUACUUAUGUACAUAGAAAGAACUGAAGCAUGCACACAGUGUUUAAUUUCAUAGCAGUCUUUUAAAUCUUAAAGUCCCCAGUGUUGAUACAUAUUUGAUUGGUAGAACGUACAAAUCAUAUUGUUAUAAUUUUCUAUUAUUUGACCUAAAACAGAAAAGAUUUUUUUCGCGGUCACAGUACAUAUAUUGAGAUCUGUUAGCAUAGUUCAAGAACAAUUGUUACAGCUCUUGUUUAUGCCUUGAAUGUUAACCAUCCGGAUCGAAAUAGAUCCCGAAUUAUAAAUAAUGAGUGCAAUAUAUCGCGAGUGUGUGUCUCUAUCGGAUAAUUUACUGCGUCCUUGGUAACAGAGCAUAACAUUUGUUAUAAUAAAAUGGCUGGGGACAAAGUCGUCGGUGGUUCUUCGUACAUCAGCGGAGAAAAAGUACAUCAAAUUAGUGCUUGUAACGUGAAUUUAAAUGUGGAAGAUGAGUUUCUCGAAUCUGUCGAAUACGUCCCUUGUCCUGAAUUUUUUUUUCCGACGGCAGCUUGUUGUUUCUGUAAUGGGUAUUAUGGGCCAUGUUCUGGAGAACCUGUUUGCCCAACUUGUCAUGCGUUUUUAUUUCCUAAUGACAUUGGUUUUCUACCAGUACCUAUCUUCAGUGAAAAAACAGAUGACGAAGAUUCAGGAAAUGAUGAGCCAACCGAAUUAUAUUACAAUCAUGAGAGAAGAGCCAGUCAGCAACAACAGAAUUCUCCACAAAAUCCAAUUUCAAAUCUAUCAAACAUAUCAAAUGUUUCUAAUCCUAAUUCUCAUAUAUCUUCACAUAUUCACUCGCAAAACAAAAGUAUUUCAGCUCUGCAAAAUUGUCAAAGAGUUUCUUGUAACAUAAACACUGGUAGUUCUAAGAGUGUGGCUGGUUUGUCACAAAACACACGCCAUUUUCACGAUGAACAUACUAAUAAAAUGCGGGACAGAGCUAAUGGGAACGAUGAAACACAUUCGCAAAAUCAUAAUGAGAAAGUAUUGACUGUAAAUUUCCAAAAUGUGGUAGAGGAAGAACUGCAUAACGCAGCAUCGCAAGCACAAGAAUUAGAAAAUUAUCAACACUAUCAAUGGAAUUACAAAGUACAGGAUAAUGUCGGAGAGCCAUCACGAUCAUACAACUUAUCCGAACGACUAGUGAUGUUAACAAAUUAUAGACACAUCGAGCAUGAACCCAUUAAUGAACCGGGACUGGUGGAACGCUUACCACCAGAGGUGUUGUUAUUUAUUUUCUCGCAUUUGGAUGACAUUAGUCUUUGGUCAGCUGCAAACGUUUGUCGUAGAUGGUACGGGUUGUUAUCAACGCAUAUAACACCGCAACAGUGGCAACAAAAUGUUAAAUUACGGUGGCCACUGUAUAAACCCAUUGGAACGGUUAAAAAUUGGUAUAAAGUGUACGAUUUCUUAGCUUCCUCGGCGCCUUGCAGAACAUGUUUGGCCCAAAUAUGUUUAAGAUCACGACAAUUAAGAAUGGAAGAGAAUUCAUGGAGGAGAAAAAGAUUAAAUAGCGAAGUUAAGAAUUUAAGAGUAGAUCCUCCUGAAGGCAUCCAAGCUACUCCUUUGGAUCAAAUGUAUUGUCAAUGGCAGGCUACUAUAACUGGGCCUGUCGGAAGUCCAUACGAAGGAGGCUUGUUUUAUCUUUAUUUGCAAGUACCAAGAAGUUAUCCUCUGUAUCCGCCGAUAGUACGAUUUCUUACAAAAAUACUUCAUCCGAAUGUAUCUAGGCAUGGUGAUGUUGGUAUAGAUUCAAUUCAUCAUAAUUGGUCCUUGGCGCUAACAAUAUCGAAAGUUAUAAUCAGUGUGCAGAGUUUGCUUACGGACCCGUAUUGUCAGGUUUGCAUGGAACCAGAACUGGGUGAAAUGUAUUUGAAUGAUCGUGAAAGAUUUGACGAAAUUGCCAGGGCAUGGACAUGGCGAUACGCUAUGCAUGACGUUGUGACACCAUUAUAAAGAAAUGAUUAAUAAAUUAUUUGAUAAAUAUGUGACUACUAUUCAUUAGCCUUUUCAGUGGCUUACGAUUAUGAAUUGAAUGAAUUGUACUGCAAAUAAUCGACUCAACAGAAAUGCCCGAUCGUCAAGCACAAUAAAAUAGUCCAGAAGAAAAUUUUUAUAAAGCUUAUUUACUAUUUAAGUAUGAUUUUAUAUAUGACAAAUAUAUACAUAUGCACAAUAAAGUAACUAGACACAGUAAUCACAGUUUACUGUAUCUGACUUUCUGUUUA